AUGCCGGUUCAUCGUCCAUCACGACCAAUGGCUACAACAUCAAAUUCUCGAAAAUCAAUUGGAUUUUCAAUAAAUGAUAUUAUUAAAAAUGAUGAUACAUCAAAAAAUUCUCCUCGACAUAAUCCUCCAACAAUUCCAUCUUAUAUACCACCAACAUCAUGGAUACCACCACCAACUAAUAUGGAUCCAAUUGUUCAAUAUCAACUUCAAUAUCUUCGAAAUAGUGGUCGAUUCUUUGAUGGAAGAUUUACUAGUCCAGAAGCAGCUGCAGCUCUUAUACUUCAUUCAUUUCGUAAACCAAAACGUGUACGUACAGCAUUUACACCAGCUCAAUUACUUAAACUUGAAAAUGCAUUUGAAAAAAAUCAUUAUGUUGUUGGACAAGAACGUAAAGAAUUAGCACGACAUUUAAAUUUAACUGAAACUCAAGUUAAAGUAUGGUAUCAAAAUCGUCGUACAAAACAUAAACGUUUAAAAUCAGAAGAUGGAAAUAAUAGUUCAAAUGAUAUUAAUGAUGAUGAACAACAAGAUGAAUCAAUUGAACAUGAACAUAAUCAACAAAAUCAAUCGGAUAUAUCUGAUAUAAUUAAUAAAAAUGAUGAUGAACAUUCAUGGGAUAAUAAUAAUCAACAUUAUCAAUUUAUUUCUCAAUCAUCUACACCACGUUCAUCGGGCUCCGACCGAUAUUAUUUACAUCUUGCUGCAGCUGCUGCUGCUGUUGCUGUAAAAAAUGAUUCAUCUGAUGAUCAUCGAUAA